AAGAAAAAAAAAAGUUUAUUGCAUCUCUCUCCCAAAAUAAAAUUGUAAAAACAACAAGCAAAAAAAAGAUACCCUGUGAAAGUAUGUUUGAUUGUGUUUUCUUGUAUUUUUAAAAUAAAUUCCCAAUCAACCAAAAUUUUGCACGGUGAAAAACGGAAAAUUAAAUCAAAAAUAUAAUAAAAACGAAGCAAAGAAAAAAAAAAAAAAACAAGAAACUAAAAAUAAAAAGUGUACGGUUGGUGAAUUAAAAUCAAUAUAACAAAAUAAAACAAGCUCUUGCUCUUUUUUAUUGUAUGAGUGCGAGUGAGAAAGAAAUAGUUUUUUUGAGUGAAGAAAAAUUGCACACACAAAUAUGCAAAAAUAUUAAAAAAUUAAUUUCCUCUUCUCUCGUCGCGCCAACAAACAUGAGAAUUCGAAUUCCCUUCUUCUAAAUAGAAAACAAAAAAAAAACAAAAUCAAACAGAGCGAAAGGAUCUUUUUCUCCGAAAAAAUCAAAAUCAAACAGAAAAUACAAAAAAUAAUACAAAUCUACUACAAAUGUAAAUCGCGAGAGCAGGAACUUGUGUCGAUUUGCAUUGGAAAAAAACAGAAUCAACCUUUUAAACAACAAUACAACAAUUGAGCCAAAAAUAAUAAGAAAAAAAAGCUUUAAGGCACUUAUAAAAUACACAACAACAAGCAAAACAUAACAGCAAAGUAAACCACUACGAACACAUACUUAUAUAUUUAUUUACAACACAAUGGCGGCACGAAGUCAUCAAUAUUUCAGUCUCAGAUGGAAUAAUUAUCAGAACACAAUGACCUCCGUGUUCCAGCAACUGCGUGAAGAUUUAUCAUUUGUUGAUGUCACAUUAUCAUGUGAAAAUGGUUCGCUUAAAGCUCAUAAGGUCGUUUUAUCGGCAUGUUCAUCAUAUUUUCAAAAACUACUUUUGGAGAAUCCGUGUAAACAUCCCACUAUCAUAUUACCAGGUGACAUUAUAUUCACAGAUCUUAAAACGAUCAUAGAUUUUGUCUAUCGCGGAGAAAUUGAUGUUACCGAAUCUGAAUUACAGGGUCUACUGCGGACUGCUGAGCAAUUGAAAAUCAAAGGACUUUGCGAAACAGCCGAAAGUGUUGAUGAGGCUGAGGCAGCAACAGCCACCAUCACAUUAUCAGAGAAUAUAACACAAACUGUUGUUGGCAAUAUUGUGAAUUCAUCACAGGGUAAUGAAAUAGUCACUACACACACAAUUGAAAACAACAACACAAAUACGCAUACAACAACAGCAAACCUACAACAAAAUAGUAACAAUAUUAAUACAAAUAUUAAUGCAAUAGUUGCUACCCCAACGGCCACAUCGACCCCCCAACUACGAAAAUCACGGGUCAGAAAACGUUCAAAGUCUCCGGACACAAAUCACCAGCAACAACAGCAGCAACAUCAGCAGCAACAACAACAACAGCAGCACCAACAACAACAGCAGCAACACCAGCAACAACAACAACAUCAGCAGCAACAACAACAACAACACCAGCAUCAUCAACAACAACAAACAAUAUUAAGUCAGAAUCUUAAUACAGCGGCAAUAGUUAGUCUGCAACAGACCUCGUCCGGUAAUUAUAUACCGGUAUCGGGUGGCCAGACGAUAACGACGACAGCUGUCAGUCAGCACAGCCCUGAAGAUUCGAAUUCGGAUAAGCCAAGUGCUCAGAAAAUCUGCAAAACUGAAACAUCAAGCUCACCGACAUCGAAUAAUGGCAGUGUAACUGUUGCACCAGGAACAGCAAUUGUAACACAAAUCGUUGUAGCCCGAGACGUUAAAGAUAAUAAAAAUAUGACCAGUAUAGGAAUGGGAAUGAAUGGCGGUCUCCUCGGAGUACCAAUGGGCUUUUUAGAUUUUGCACCCGAACCACCAGCACCAUCGGCAACACCUGUUACAGUGACGGAGCACGUUGACUUGUCGUGUAACCCAAGUCAGGAUACCAGAGAUUUAUCAAAUCCCACCGAAGCGCUCGACAUUGACAAUCAUUUAGCACAACAUAUGAUCCAACGGCUUGAUCAAUCACCGAUGCAUACAAUCCACCAUCAAUCGUCCACCGGCGACGAGAGUAAUUCUAAUUUAAUUCAGCAUAUUAAGAGUGAAGUGAUUGAGGUUAAGCAUCAUCAUCAGCAACAACAGUUGCAUGCGCAGGCCUUAUCACAGCAAGGACAAUCACAACAGCAGCAACAACAACACCAACAACAACAGCAACAACACCAACAGCAGCAACAACAACAGCAGCAACAGCAACAACAUCAACAGCAUCAAGAUAUUUCGGGUGCAACGGUUAUGGAAAUUGAUCCGAGCAAUAUCAAACACGAACCGGGCAUGAUUAUUACACCGGAAAUUGUUACAAUGAUGGCAACGGGUCAUAUGGAUAUAUACUCAGAUGCCAGUGAGGAUUCAUUGAUGAUUGCGAAUGGUUCCCCAAAUGACAAUAAUGAGCCACACUAUACAAAUUUGGACCAACCACAUGAUAUCAAAGGUCAGUUUAAUGGUCCCAAAACUUGGACACAAGAUGAUAUGAAUUCAGCUUUAGAUGCAUUAAAGAAUCAAAAUAUGAGUUUGACGAAAGCCUCGGUGACGUAUGGCAUCCCAUCGACAACAUUGUGGCAACGUGCCCAUCGCAUGGGCAUUGAAACACCCAAAAAAGAAGGCGGUACCAAAUCAUGGAAUGAAGAUUCAUUAAACAGCGCAUUAGAGGCAUUAAGAACUGGUCAAAUAUCAGCAAAUAAAGCCUCGAAGGCGUAUGGUAUUCCGUCCUCGACAUUAUAUAAAAUUGCCCGACGUGAAGGCAUAAGAUUAGCGGCACCAUUUAAUGCAGCUCCAACAACAUGGACGCCCGAAGAUUUGGAGCGUGCAUUAGAAGCAAUUCGUGCUGGUCAUACGUCCGUCCAAAAGGCUAGCUCAGAGUUUGGUAUUCCAACAGGCACACUGUAUGGUCGCUGCAAGCGAGAAGGUAUUGAAUUGUCCCGCUCUAAUCCAACACCAUGGUCAGAGGAUGCUAUGAACGAGGCAUUGAAUUCUGUUAGAGUGGGACAAAUGUCUAUUAAUCAAGCGGCUAUUCACUUCAACCUACCAUAUAGCUCGCUGUAUGGUCGUUUUAAACGUGGCAAAUAUGAUAUAUCCAACACGAGUGCAACAUCAAUCAACAACACAUCAGGCAACACAAGUGGAAGCAUUGAAAUAAUUGAACACAGUCCAGAGAAUUCGUUGCACAUGUUUCAGCAACAGUUCCAAUAUAGUCCAGCGCCGCAGUCGAAUCAUCAGACUCAACAACAACAACAGCAGCAACAACAACAGCAGCAACAGCAACAACAACAGCAGCAGCAACAACAGCAACAACAACAUCAACAACACCAACCACAACAACAACAACAACACAUCCAUCAACAAGUUGUACACAUUCAACACCAACAAACACCACAACAACACCAUCAUCAACAACAACAACAUAUCCAACAACAAGAUGUUGUUACCUCAACAAGUCAGGUUCAUACCCAAGCUGGACAAAUCCAACACAUAUAUCACAGCACCCCAGAGAGGAGUUGAGAAUCAAUAAAGAAAAAAAAGGCUGCUAAAACUAAGGGUUAAAACUUUUACUGUUUUUUUGGUUUUAAUUCAAAAUAAAAAGUUAAAAAAAAAAAAACAAAAUCAAAUCAAAUAAGAAUAUUAUAACCAGCAACGAGAGAAGAUGAAAAAUAAACCAUACAAAAAAGAACCCAAGUAACUUAAGUGGAAUGAAGGACAAAAAAGGCUUAAAAUUUAACAAAAACAAAGAAAGCAACAAUUAUACAUAGAAAAAUAAACAAGAACAACCUAAAAUCAAAAAGAAAGUCAAAUAUAAUAAUCACUAAAAGAGUUAAACAAUAACACAAAAAGAUGUGUUUUUUGUCAAAAAAUGAUGUAGCUCAGCAAGCGACAUUCAAACUUUAACAGAAUUUAAACAAAAAGAAUAAAAAAAAAAACAGAAAUUAUUUCUUAUCUCGUAAAAAAAAGAUUGAAACAAAAAAAAAAGAAGAAAGAUGUAUUUUUGAUAAAACAAAUUUAGCUAAUGCGCGUUUUUAAUUUAUCAUUUUUAAUUAUAAUUAUUACGUUUUUUGUUGUUUCCUCAUUUUCUCAACAACAUUUUUACUCUAAAAAAAUCACACAGAAAAGAAAACACACAUAAAAAAAAAAAACACCACACCCAAACUCUAUUGUUACACAAUGUUUACAGAGCGUGUAAGGG